CUACGUGCUGCAGGUGCAGUGGCGGAUAUCCAUGGGGAUGCGAUGCGGUACAGCGGUAUAGAACUCCGAACAGUCGCCAUGCGAGGCAAAGUAUCCGAAUCGACGGUGAUGCAGCACACCACGUGGUUCAAGCGUCCUGGGUCCCUAUUUGCGAUAUGGCUUAUGGCUAAUGAUCGAAAUGCUACGUUCCGAAGCUACCCAACGAGCCCAAAGCGGUAGUUUUCUGCUCCCUGACCGAUCAAGGAUCAGCAGCUUGCGAUUGCUAGGAACAGCCUUGCCGGUCUUGUACGUUUGGUCUCUGCCGGUUCUUGCUUGGUGCGAGUUCGCACACACAUGUGAUGGAUACCCACGUUGCGACGCAACUGGCAUGAGCGUCUCCAACUUCAUCGCCAAUGCAAGGGCCACCGGCGCAAUGGCUGCAUGCUUCUUCUAUCCAGCGCUUCAUUUGUGGCAGAACGCGCAGUACGUGAGGAACCACAAGUACGUUUAUUCGACACUUGUCGCCUUCCAGGUCAGCUUUGGAAUUUUCCUCAUGUGCCCGAUCACAGAGGUGCCAGAGUUACACCCCCCGGCUGUGUGUCUCUUCUGCUCUGCCGCGCUCACACACUGCUUUGUCUUGCUGAAGCACUGUGCCGAUUCGCGCCUUUGGCUCUGCAAGUCUCUCGUGUGUGCUGCAUUGGCCUCGUUUGCCAUGGUCUUCAUUUUGGUCACAGUGGCAAGCGUCGAUGGGGAGCUGUUGAAGGCUCAUGUGCCAGCGCUGUUUUACACUAUGGAGUGUUGUGGGUUGAGCUCCAUGGCAAUCUUUCCACUUUUCUGGUAUCGCGCGGUGACUGAGACUCACGCCAGCCAAGAGACAGGAGCAAAUGAGACGUCCAGCUUUGCUCUCAUCGACCACUCGGACACCAGCAGACUGCGUUUCAUGGGCGCGGCCCUCCCAGUACUGUACGUUUGGUCUUUGCCUCUUUUGGCAGAGGCGGGAUUUGCACACAAAUGUGCAAACUAUCCGCGAUGUGACAGGACCGGCAUGAGCGUAUCGAAUUUCAUCGCGAAUGCGUGGGCCACGGGUGCUAUGGCUGCUUGUUUCUUCUACCCAGCUUUGUACGUGUGGUUGAAUGCGGAGUACGUCAGACACCACAGAUUCGUUUUCCCGACGUUGGUUGUCUUCCAAGCUAGUUUUGGCAUUUUCAUUACAUGUCCAGUCACGGAGUUGCCUAAUUGGCAUGCCCCAGCGGUGUUGCUUUUCUGCAUUGCCGCGCUCGUACACUACGGCCUUCUGAUGAGGUAUUGCACCAGCAAUCGCUUGAGACUAUGCCAGGCUCUCGUAAGCAUUGCAAUAGCCGCCUUCAUGGUGGUAUUCACCUUGAUGAUCAUCGGACAUUUGGAUGGCAACAUGUUGAUUGAUAACGUGCCAGUCUUAUUUUGGAUGAUGGAAUGCUGUGGCUUGAGCAGUAUGGCUCUGCUUCCCGUGGUUUGGUUUCGCGAGCGCCAGCUCCGCGGGUAGCCAAGCGAGGGGGCAUGGCACGGGAGCGCCAACAUGAGGGAAGCCGAGAAAGACAUGCAGAGGCUGAUACAAAAUGGACGUGUACGUCGUACGGGCUAACGGCAGAAGAGCUCGGAGGAGGAGGAGGUUUGGAGAUAAGAGGCGAACGAGCCGGGACAUGGAGGAGGCGGAGGGACGAGCGAGGGAGGUUGAGGAGGUGGGAGGCCUUUUUGGGCACGGCUUGGAAUUGUGAAGACGCUGGUGAGCUUGAUUUUAGCGGAUGUUAAGGCGGAGUCAGGCUUGCAAGAUCAGUACCAGGGGAAUGUCACGGCCGGUGGCAAAGUUUAAACCCCACGAGCAGCAUCAAAUGUGGUCGAGUAAACGCAGCCUGCGCUUGCGAGCGACCCUGGCGCGUCCCACGAACACACUCUGUGCGCGGGUGACCCUCAAUCAGCAAUUGCCCCCUCUGGGCGGCCCCCCAGAGGCGAAAGCGUGAGACUGAUCGGAUUUUGCCCUGCGCGAGUUGGCCUUAAAAGAAAUCAGGAGAGCUUCUCAGAGGCCCUCCCUUUCUUUUCUGGCGCCCUCCCGGCCCUCCCAG